GGCCAGAUUGAGAGAUGGGUGGAAACACGUGACAUACACACACACCAACCACCAGCCCGACGCCGUCAUCUUUCUGACACGAGCGCUGUAAGUCAUGAGAGGAUCAGAGUUCAUGUUAAUCAUUGAUCCGAGGUCCGUCUUCCUGCACUCCGAGAUCUCCGGUGUUUACGCACGGAUCUCAAUGCGCUUCACCUUCACUCUCCCCAACGAUGCUUUUCUUCAGUUCUCCGGCUGCAUUCAUGCUCCGAUAGUUUGCUCAGGAUGUUGCGAGUCUCAUCCGUGUGUCUCUCUUUAAUCCCAGCGCUGGUUUUGUGUGGUGUGGAUCAUAAAGCGUCCCAGCUGUGGCUCCAGCCCCUGAACCAGACGUUCCUGCAGACGGGAGCGUUUCCCAGCGAGUUUCUCUGGGGCGUCGGGACCUCGGCGUUCCCGACUGAAGGAUCCUGGGAUGCGGAUGGGAAGGGCGAGUCCGUGUGGGAUCGUUUCACACAUCAUCCCCGCACCAGUGAUAGUUAUCUCCGAUGGGAAGAGGAUUUGAAGUCAGUUCAGGAUUUGGGAGUGAACUUCUACUCCUUUUCUCUCUCCUGGACUCGUCUUUUCCCGAAUGGAGACGCGACGGAGAAUCCCAACCCGGCCGGAGUGGAGCAUUACCGGCGCUUGAUCGGCCGGUUAAAGGAGCUCCAGGUUGAGCCGGUGGUGACUCUGUUCCACUGGGAUUUUCCGCAGGUCCUGCAGGAGCGUUUGGGAGGCUGGUUAAACCGGAGCAUGGUGGACGUUUUCGCCGAUUACGCCUCGUUUUGUUUCCGGACGUUUGGCGGAGAGAUUCGCUACUGGAUCACGAUGCAUAACCCGUUCCUCCUGGCCGUACAGGGGUACGGGACGGGGGCUCACGCUCCAGGGGUCACCGGGGGUCGCGCCGACCCCUUCAUCGCGGCACACAACCUCAUCAGGGCUCAUGCUAAAGCGUGGCACGUUUACGACCAACACUUCAGACCUCUUCAGAACGGUAAAGUCUCCAUCACUCUCGGCUCCCAUUGGGUGGAGCCUCAUGAAGGCAAGGCCUCGCCAGCCAAUCUGGAGCUCUGUCAGAAGUCCAUGGAGGCUGUGAUUGGCUGGUUCGCAGAGCCCAUAUAUGGAAGUGGAGAUUACCCAGAGUCCCUGAAGGUCUCGAACCGCGGCGUGAUCCCAGAGUUCACUCCACAACAGAAGCUCUCAGUGAAGGGAACCGCUGACUUCUUCUCUCUGGCCUUCGGGUCGGAGACCCUGCGGGUGGACCGCGGACUGGCCCGGUUCGGGCAGACGGUGACCCUUGACCUGAGGAGUGUUCUGGUGUGGGUGCGGCUCAUGUACGGUGACCCGCAGGUGCUGGUGGCCGAGAGCGGGUGGUUCUCGGACGCUUCUGUCGGAGUCGAGGACACGGUGGCCAUUUAUAUGAUGAAGAUGUUCAUCAUUCAAGUCAUGCAAGCCGUGUCCGUGGACGGAGUGAGUGUGUUCGGAUACACAGCCUGGAGUCUGGUGGACGGGUUCGAGUGGAAUCACGGAUACGGCAUGAGGAGGGGACUGUUCUACAUCGACUUCAGUCAACCCGAGCGCCACAGGAUCCCGAAGACCAGCGCUCACUUCUACCGGCGACUGAUCCGGGACAACGGGCUCCCGGCCGACAGCCCGCCUCACACCGAGGGCCGAUUCCCCUGCGACUUCCAGUUCGGUGUGUCGGAAUCAAUAUUACAGGUUCACCUGCACCCGUUCUCGCCCCAGUUCACGGAUCCGCACCUGUACCGCUGGAACUACUCCGGCGACAGCGCUCUCAAACCCGUGACGGGGAUCGAGCUUCGCAACCGGGCCGCCCAGUGCACCGACUUCAUCUACAUCCAGCGCCACCUGGUUCUCCUCGGGGUCACGGGGUCGUCCCACUACCGGUUCGCCCUGGACUGGACCCAGCUCAUGCCCAGCGCCGACCCGUCGUCUGUGGACCCGGAGAAGGUUCGGUUCUACAGGUGUGUGUUGAGCGAGCUCGUCCGUAGAGGAAUCCAGCCGGUCGUGACCCUGUAUCAUCCCAGCUACCGGUCGCAAUCGCUGGGAAUGCCUGAACCGCUACAUGCUAACGGCGGAUGGAGGAACCACAGCGCCGUCGAGGCCUUCGCUAACUACGCUACGUUCUGUUACCAGGAAUUCGGUGGGUUUGUACAGACGUGGAUCACUAUUAAUGAGCCGAACCGGUUAGUGGAAGCGUACGACGGGACGGCGGAGGACAGGCGGGUGGUAGCGCGUCACUUGCUACUAGCGCAUGCUAAAGCAUGGCGCGUUUACGAUACGCGGUUUCGCCGCCAGCAGGGGGCGACGGUUAGUUUCGCGCUUCAUGCUGAUUGGGCCGAACCGGCCAAUCCGUUCGUAGAAUCGCAUGAAGCUGCACGGCAGGAUUUUUUGUCGUUCGAACUGGGCCGUUUUCUCGACCCCGUGUUUGAGGGGCGUGGCAACACUCUGAUUGGCUUCACCGAUGACGAGAGGGAGGAGCUUAAAGGGACGCUGGAUUUCAUCGCUCUGAAUCACUUCACGACACGUCUGGUGUCACCGUUGCACAAACCUUCACCACGAAACCCAAACCCACCCAAACCGGCGAACCAGGACCACGGCUACUCGCUGAUGACCGACGACACCUGGCCGGCGUCACACCUGGGACAGGCGCUCGUGCCCUGGGGUCUCCGCAGGGUGCUGGGGUGGGUGAAGGAUCGCUAUGGCGACGGCCUGCCCAUCAUCAUCACAGCGUCAGGGGUGGAUGAUCAAGCAUCCCAUAAUGACCAGCUGAGACAGCGCUAUAUCAGGGACUACCUGCAGGAGGCGCUGAAAGCCCGUGAGUUGGACGGGGUCAAUCUACAAGGCUUUUAUAUCUGGAAGCUCCAGGAUCAUCACGAUCAUCAGUUCGGUCUCUUCACCUCCGCCGCUCACCACUCUCGACCCAAAGCGUCCGUCGGCCUUUACCGUGACAUCAUCACCCGCCGCGGCUUUCCGUCCGCCGCUGACCUCCAACCUUUCACCUGCCAGGUCACGGACACCCAGACGACCUGUGAACUCUGCACACACAUCGCAGAGAACAAACCGCUGCUGUUCUUCAGCGCGUGUGUGUCCGUCGGCGUGUCGAUGCUCAGCGCGCUCAUCAUCAUCUCUGUGCUGAGGAAGAGGAGGAUGAGGAAGAGAGCGGUUCACGUCGGGCCGCAGAGGUUCAGGGUCGCACACAGAACCGGCCACUUGCAUCAUUAA